AUGGACACUGAGAUGAACUUCGAUAACGUCCCUGACAAAGAGCACCCUAUCAUCGUGUUCCUGUGUCUGCCAGUUGCAAACGUGUUGACAAACUACAACAGUAUGCUGGUUCUGGCGUGGGAUUACGGAGCUCAUAAGUUGCAAGGAUAUACCUUCCAAACCGAUGAGCCGCUUGAAGACUAUCAAGAACUUUGGAGUGUCUGGAGUAAUGGAAUGGGAGAGCUCGCGAUCGAGGCCGAAGUCCAAACCUUCCUUGCCACGGUGAAGUCCGCUGUCCAAUAUGAGAUCGAGAUCCUGGAUACUGGAGUCCUGUUUCACAAUGGAUUUUCAUCACGAAGAUUCCCCAGUGGGUUUGAUGCAGUUGUUGUCGUUGAGUAUCUGCAGUUCAUUGCCGAUUUCGCGCCCCUGUUAUGUUCUAGCUCCGAGGAACCUUUGAAGGAUUACGCCGCAUGUGAACGAGAUCUGCGCGAAGUCUUGAUGAACGGAUCUCGCGAGGCCUGGUUUGCCGCUCGCAAGCAUCUCAGUGUUGGUGACUUCCGACAGAAGUCACUACGACAGACCCUAGCGAUGAACUUCUUCUGGACGCAAGAGGCUCGGGAUCCGGAUCUUCUGGCAGAGAUGGGACAAGUUCUUCUAGAUCCCCACCUUUCAGAUUCUAUCGCUGAGGAUCCUUUCCCUCCGGAUCCCGUCACUGUGGGGCCCUUCGAUACAGUUGACAUCCCCCCAGUUGACUUCGUCCGGGCUCCUCAUAUUCCUCGUGCUCGAGCGUGGCACAACGCCAGUUGGGUUCCAAACAUGAUCCAAAUGUCGGUUGCCUUUUUGUUCGCCAUAUGCUUCCUCACUGCCUUUGAUAUCUUGGUCAAACAUCUCACAACACCUUCUCGGAGCACCACACAUAUGAGCCUGUUUGCAUGGUGGCCCUUUGCAUGGUGGCCAUUUGGGGAAGCCCAGCCGCCGACCGGUGUAUUUGGACACAUUUCCAAGCACCUGAAUACAUUGGGACAAUGGCCUUUGUAUCAGUUACUCCAACGCUGUGGACUCUUCAAUUUCCUGCCUUUCAGACCAGAGCCGCAGCAGAUGCGCCGGUCCAAAUGGUGGCUCUUGAAGCAGAACAUACCACCAGCCUUCGGUUGGCUGCCUUGGAAAAAGAGCGCGGCCAAGCCCACUGUCCAUGAUUGGUUGCCAUUUAAGGCAGAGACCCGGAAUAUGACUGCACGGCUGUUCAAGUGGCUGCCCGGUAAGCCAACCGCUCGAAGGUCUGGUAUGUCUGGUAAAUCCGGAGGGUGGCCGGUCGUCACGACACAAUCCGUUCCCACGGGGCCAUUUGGGGUGGAUAUCAAGCCUGCGAACUCUUUCAAGUCCAAGCUUUUCAUGGGAUAA